AUGUGUAUAAAAGAAAUUUGCUUUUUGCGACCAUUUUGUAUUCUUUGGAUUGCUAUUUCAGCUGCCUUAUUUUUCUUGACAAGUGGCCUUUUUUGGUUUGUAGCAAUGAGUUCUGAAAACCCCAAAAGCCUUGCCAGUACUCUUGAACGCCCUGAAUCCUUUGAUGAUUGGCUUCUUGGAACCCAUUAUUCCCAGAAGUACAUGGCGACGUUGCGGCUUAUGGAAAAUUCGAGUCCCAUUUAUUCUAUAGAAAAAAAACGGGGUAUGCAUGCUGCCCCUGGUAAGCAGCGCUCCCGGAUCCAGCGAAAGGGCAUGCCAUAUCGAGCAAAUAUAUCAGCAAAAAUUGAUGUACAUUCGAUGGAAAACCCUUCAAAGCAUGCAUCAGAAGCUACUCGCAAGAAAAAUGUCGGAAUGUUACCUCCUUGUGAUCCUGUUGUGUUUACCGGGAGGAAAAAUAACGCCUCUUUGAGGGGUGCGGGGGCCACGGAGAGCCAUGUGGAUGAGCCGGUUGAGGUUAUGGAAACCCGGGAUCUUCUUCGGGAGUCGUACUAUCGAAUAAAAAAUUCAUGUACUGGAGUGUUUCCGGCUCUUCUAACCCCUUAUCAACGUUCUUUUUGGUCGUACAAAACGGUAAAUGAUCAUCAAAGCGCUGAGCUUCCCGUUGACAGUAGGACCGCAACAGAGAACAAUCGGUCAUACAAUGAGUUAUUUUUGCCCCCAAAAUCACAAAAUAUAAAUGAUAUACCGCUUAAUCAACGAGCCGUCACAUUUAGGAGACACCCUCCCACUGGCCCUCCUUUGUUUGCUCCAACUCCACCUUCAUACAAGUGGCUCAAGAGCAUGCGUUGA